CGCUCAGUGUCGCCGGGCCGGGCGCUGUGCCCGCGCAUCCUCCCCCUCCUCCCGGCUCUCCUCCUCCGCGGCGGUCCCCGGGCGCUGCCUGGGCUGUCCCCGGGCGCUGCCUGGGCUGUCCCCGGGCGCUGCCUGGGCUGUCCCCGGGCGCGGCGGGAGCGGCCCGGGCAGCGCUCCCGCUCUCCUCCCCGGCAUGAUGGCGUCCCUGCGGCCCGGCGGGGACCGCUCCCGGCUCCGCGCUGCAGGGCUGUCAACCAGAAGGAUUUAGAAUAAUGAGAAGGUUGUGACAAUCCAGAGGGGAUGUCAGCGCUGCCUUCCUGGGACUGGAGGAUUGAAAAGGAGAAAGGACCAGAACUGUUUGAUCUGGGCUGCUUUUGAGGCAAUCUGCUGUGCCCUGGUGGUGGUGGAAGAACAGGGCAGUCCUCCCUGCUUGGUUCUGCGGUGCCACCACAGCAGGGCCACCAUGAAUGUGACAAGUUUAUUCUCCUUCACCAGCCCAGCGGUGAAGAGGCUGUUGGGGUGGAAGCAAGGCGACGAAGAAGAGAAAUGGGCAGAGAAAGCUGUUGACGCCUUAGUGAAGAAACUGAAGAAGAAGAAGGGCGCGAUGGAGGAGCUGGAGAAGGCGCUGAGCUGUCCGGGGCAGCCCAGCAGCUGCGUGACCAUCCCGCGCUCGCUGGACGGGCGCCUGCAGGUGUCGCACCGCAAGGGGCUCCCGCACGUCAUCUACUGCCGGGUGUGGCGCUGGCCCGACCUGCAGAGCCACCACGAACUGAAACCCCUCGAGUGCUGCGAGUUCCCCUUCGGCUCCAAGCAGAAGGAGGUUUGCAUCAAUCCCUACCACUACAAGCGGGUGGAAAGUCCUGUUCUCCCUCCGGUGCUGGUGCCGAGGCACAGCGAGUACAACCCGCAGCACAGCCUGCUGGCGCAGUUCCGCAGCCUGGGCCAGAACGAGCCGCACAUGCCGCACAACGCCACCUUCCCCGAGUCCUUCCCGCAGCCCGGCUCGCUCCCGUUCCCGCACUCGCCCGGCAGCAGCUACCCCAACUCGCCCGGAGGCAGCAGCAGCACCUACCCGCACUCUCCAGCCAGCUCGGAGCCGGGGAGCCCCUUCCAGCUGCCAGCUGACACCCCCCCGCCCACGUACCUGCCUCCGGAAGAUGCGAUGACACACGACUCCUCCCAGCCCAUGGACACCAACAUGAUGGCACCUGCAAUUCCCCCUGACGUGCACAGAGGAGACGUGCAGGCGGUGGCGUACGAGGAGCCCAAGCACUGGUGCUCCAUCGUCUACUACGAGCUCAACAACCGCGUGGGGGAGGCGUUCCACGCCAGCUCCAGCAGCGUGCUGGUGGACGGCUUCACCGACCCCUCCAACAACAGGAACCGCUUCUGCCUGGGGCUGCUCUCCAACGUCAACCGCAACUCCACCAUCGAGAACACGCGGCGCCACAUCGGCAAGGGUGUCCACCUGUACUACGUGGGAGGGGAGGUGUACGCUGAGUGUCUGAGCGACAGCAGCAUCUUCGUGCAGAGCCGCAACUGCAACUACCACCACGGCUUCCACCCCACCACGGUCUGCAAGAUCCCCAGCGGCUGCAGCCUGAAGAUCUUCAACAACCAGGAGUUUGCUCAGCUGCUGGCUCAGUCUGUGAACCACGGCUUUGAGACAGUGUACGAGCUCACUAAGAUGUGCACUCUCCGCAUGAGCUUUGUAAAGGGUUGGGGAGCUGAGUAUCAUCGGCAGGACGUAACGAGCACUCCAUGCUGGAUAGAGAUCCAUCUCCACGGGCCCCUGCAGUGGCUGGAUAAAGUCCUCACUCAGAUGGGCUCUCCUCAUAAUCCUAUUUCUUCAGUGUCUUAAAAGCUCCCAAGCUCCUGCAGUUUGGAAACAGUUGAGCCUUGCAUGUACUUGAAAGAUGUAUGAGUCAGACACACGUUUUUAUGUUCCCCCCUCAACGGGCAACAGCUGAAAAAGAGCCAUGAAAACACUUGACUUCUGUGACCAACUGUUGGAUUGAGAAAACAAAGAUAAAUAAACCCCUCUGACAUACUGCUGGUAUAAUGAAUUUUAGUUUACAUUGUAAUGCACUGUUGUGGAGUUGAUUUACAGGGCUCAGUACCAGAGGGACGACAGAGCCAAGCCAAACUCAGUGUGCUGCACCGAGCUCCCCAAGGAUUUCUGUGCAGCUGGCACUCCUGAGGUUCUCCUUCCUCACAUUCAGCACUCACUGGUUUCCCCACGUCCUCUGGAGCUGAGUGGAAGCUGGCCAAGUCUGCUUUUUGCAGCCUCUCUUCAGCACUCCCUACAAACAUUACACUGAUGGUUGCUGUUCUCUUCACAAGUGAGACAUCAUAAGGUUUAAUCUCCGUAACUGUGCUAGCUCUGACAUUGUGUCCUGACCAUACUGCUGUAAGAAUGUUAGGGAUGUUCUUUUGCUAAAUGUAUGUAUGGUGUAUUUGAAAGUUUAGAAAUUAAUUAGAUUAGGCCAUAAAGGAAUUAGGAAUAUUUGAAUGGGGGGAGGUGGGAGUGGGAGGGGAAAACGACAACUGAAAUGUAGAAUAUAUUGUAAACAUAGCGUGUUAGUUUAAACUGAAGUCUGAGUUUUGUUGAGCAUUUUGUUUUCAUACUGGCUUCACCUUGUUAGUUCUGACUAUUUUUGCCUCUUCCUUUUUCCCCAAAGCAAUUGUGCAGCUUCUUUUACCCAUGAAGAGGACAAAAUGAUUACUGCAGUUUGAAGGCUGCAGCUCUAUGUAUUUCAAGAUGAAUUUGUACAGAGUGCUCUUUAACUAUUGAGCAAUUUUAUACAGUUUAUGUAACAAAUGCUGACUUUUAAUUUUGUGAGAGAAUCUUGUUUUGCCAAACCUAGUAACUGUUAAUUGUUUGGAGGGCUUCAGUAUCCCUGUGGGGCUCUAUUUCAAACUUUUAAAGAAAUAUAUAUAUUUUUAAUUUUU